UGACACUGGCCCUUGAUGGCACGCGCGCAUGCGUCGAUCAUAAUGUCAUACGUCAAUAAAUAUAAAUUCAAAGAUCGCAUUCCGAUCCGCAUGCAGUAAGUGUGCGCAUAUACGGCGGGUACCGGUUCCCGCCGCACGCACUAAUACAAGGGUUGACUUACUUAGACCAACUUCUUAACCUUACUUAGCAUUAGUCGUACGUUUGUCCUUUGUGUGUUUCAUUCACCGCGUGCAGUUCCAGCGAAGGCAGCUAGCUGUAUGAUGUCCUUCACUGGAAAGCAACGGCCACACGCUCAAAGGUACUCGGGUAACAUGCCACAUCAUCAUCAGGCCCUAGCUUGUGAAAGUCAGAAAAGCAAAGAAGACACAUGGAAGGCUGAUGAGUUGGAAAGGUCCAUCAAGAAUGCAAUGGAUGAUUCAGAGAAAAGACAUAAGCAUGCUAAAAGCAGAAAAAAGGACAAAGAUGACAGAAGGAAGGAGGGGGCAAGAGAGAAACAUUUGAAAUACAAUCAACCGCAAAAAGCACCUGAGAAAGGUCACAGGAGUGUUGAUUAUGAUGAAGCUAGAAGUCGGAAUAGAGAUGACAUAAAUCAUUCAGAGGCAGAUAGGCUUAACCAAACAGAAGACAAAGGAAAAAGAUCUAAAAAAGAUGAUUUUAUCAAGAAAGAACGAGAAAAGGAAAAAAGAAGACAAAUUGAGGAUGAUGGAGACAAUGGAAUACAAGUAACUCAUUCCUGGACAACUGCUGGCAAUGACGGCUAUGAAGACGACUUUGAGGAAUAUGAAGAUGAUUUUGAAGAAUUACCCAGCAAUUCGGAAUUUGAAGACAAUCAGUUGGACCUCACUGAAGUGGAAGCACUGAGGAUUGCAAUGAAAAAGGAGAAUGAAGCCACCUCCCGAUACAGCAGUGACGUUGUACUUCCAAAAUCUAAAUCCAGUGCAUCAAACAUGUCAGCCAGAGGAGGAUUAAGACAGACAUUCAUAAACUUUUCUGCAGCAAAGCAGAGACAUGUUCACAGUAAAGCUUCACAGAAGACAAUGCAACGUGGUCGGGAGCUUAUGAAUUUGAUCGAGCUUGAUGUGUCUACUUGCACCUUAUUUGAAAUGCCUCCUGUGAAGGUGUAUGAAGUGUACAUCAAAAGUUAUGGACGGUCAGACACAAAACAAGCAUUUGUUCAAUGUCAAGAUGCUGUAUUUGACCGGGAUAUCCAGACAGAACCAGUAGAGAUGAGAGAUAUUUGGAUCCAGCAUCCCAGUGAAGGAACCUCGACCUUCAGUGUAUGUGCUGAGGACAAUCGGGUCAACAAAGAGGACAUAGGACUGGUGAAGGUCAACUCAUUAAGACUGUCUAUGUUCUUAGAAAAAGCUGUUCAGGUGAUGAGUGCUAUCCUUGAGGAAGACAUUUCUUGUGACAGGAAGAGUAAUCUUCAAAACAACCAAUGCAAAAUACCGUUCAGUGAAGGAUACACAAGGCUUUAUUCACAUCUUUCAAUCUUAAAAGGGCGAUAUGCAACACAUGCCCAGUUUCAUCCAGUUCAAAGCAAUCUAUUACUGACAGUGUAUUCCAGACCAAAAGUGUAUGAUACCUGGAACUCAGCUCAAAGCAUAAUCUGUGUGUGGAAUAUCAACAAUUCAUCACAGCCGUAUCGAAUCCUAUCAUGCAGAUCUGAAGUGACAAGUUGCUGCUUUAGCCCCAUCAAAUCUACAUUUGUUUUUGCAGGAACGGAUGAGGGUGCCAUUGUGGCCUGGGAUUUACGAGAACCAUCCAGUAUGCAUCAGAGCAUGCACAAAGAUGAUGGACAAUUGCCUUUACGGGUUCCUACUUAUAGUACUUAUGGAGCGAGCAGGGAUGAUAAUCAUCAGAGCCCAAUCGUCAAAGUGCAGCCUGUUAUCAUCACUGAGGAUAGUCACUGGGUACCCAUUCCAACCACGGAUCCUGUACUGAGUAGUGAGGACAUAAAUGGGCCGUCUUUCCAGUUAGUAUCGCUUGAUGAACAAGGUGUGAUUAACUUUUGGGUUGUUUUAGAUCUGGGAACAACAGAUUCUGGAGGUUCUGAGACAGAUCUUGGGCUUGUUCCAAGUGGAAAACUGAAGCUGUUAAAAAGUUCUUCUGUUGUUUUGGAAAAUCAAAUCAGGGACAUGCCACCAGCUCAACGAGCCAAGAACAUGAAGUUUUCUUUGAAAGAUCCAACCCAAUUCUUUAUCGCAACAGAUUCAGGAUGCAUUCUUCAUGGGAGCAGACAUGGAGAUAGAGUCUCUCCAAGACGAUACAGAAAACAGACAGAUUCUCCUGGUGAGGUGAUUCAUUUGGACUUUUCCCCCUUUGGUUUGCCAUGUUUUUUGGUAGGUAUAUAUCAGAAGAGCUUUUUAAUACCACUUUUACUAACUGUUUUCCUGUGGAGGAGAUUUUAUGUGGUGUACGAUACGUAAAAAGUAAUAUAUGUAAUGUAUGGAUAGACAAAAAAAUGGUAGUACAGGUAGUCAUUACCUCAGCCGAGAGGCUCGAAGGGUAUUGUCAUCACCUACGGCGUCUGUCCGUAUGUCUGUCCGUUCUGACCAGACCACCUUGUGGGGUGAUGUUCCUUUCAGAACACAUCACCCCACUUUUUACACAAUGGAAAAACAUCACCCCAGAAGGGAAUCUUUAGAAAAAGGGACAAUGGGAACACAAUGCUAUCACCCCACAAGUCCGUCUGGCUAGAACGCCCGUCCUGACCAUACCACCCUUGUGGGAUG